GGCGGCGAGGACGGCGGCGACGGCAGCGGCCGAGGGGGCGGUGGCUAUAAGGGGGGUGCGGAGCAGGCGGAAGAGGCGUCCGUGCGGGCGGCUAGGUCGCAGAGAAACAUCGUUGGGGUGACUGGAGAUGAUUCAGUUUUUAAGGCUUUCAAAUGGAGAUUGCAGUUGAAGAAGAGGAAUUUGCCUUGGCAACUAGGGAACUAUGCUGUUAGACCUCUGAUGCUGCUACGAUAAGGGGCCAGGAACUUGUCCACUUACCUGGGAUCAGCGAAUAUCACCUGUUCUACAAGAUGAGUAACAGUCACCCUCUUCGCCCCUUUACUGCUGUGGGCGAAAUUGAUCAUGUGCACAUUUUGUCUGAACAUAUUGGUGCCUUGCUGAUAGGGGAAGAAUAUGGCGACGUCACAUUUGUUGUGGAAAAGAAACGCUUUCCUGCCCACAGGGUAAUUUUGGCAGCGAGGUGCCAAUAUUUUCGAGCGUUACUGUAUGGUGGGAUGCGAGAAUCUCAGCCUGAAGCAGAAAUCCCUCUUCAAGACACCACUGCAGAAGCAUUCACAAUGCUGCUAAAAUACAUCUACACCGGGCGGGCAACGCUGACAGAUGAGAAGGAGGAGGUGUUGCUGGACUUUCUGAGCCUAGCUCAUAAAUAUGGAUUUCCAGAGCUGGAGGACUCUACCUCUGAGUAUCUCUGCACCAUACUUAACAUUCAGAAUGUCUGCAUGACUUUUGAUGUUGCCAGCCUCUACUCACUUCCCAAGUUAACUUGCAUGUGCUGCUUGUUUAUGGACAGAAAUGCUCAGGAGGUGCUCUCAAGUGAAGGCUUCCUCUCCCUUUCUAAGACAGCACUUUUAAACAUCGUAUUAAGAGAUUCAUUUGCAGCUCCCGAAAAAGAUAUCUUCCUAGCCUUGUUAAAUUGGUGUAAGCACAAUUCAAAGGAGAAUCAUGCUGAAAUCAUGCAGGCUGUGCGUUUGCCUCUGAUGAGCCUCACUGAACUUCUGAAUGUUGUGAGGCCUUCAGGACUGUUGUCUCCUGAUGCCAUUCUGGAUGCUAUUAAAGUUCGAUCUGAGAGCCGGGAUAUGGACCUCAAUUACAGAGGCAUGCUCAUACCAGAAGAAAAUAUUGCAACUAUGAAGUAUGGAGCCCAGGUUGUAAAAGGGGAGCUGAAGUCUGCCUUAUUAGAUGGUGAUACUCAAAAUUAUGAUUUGGAUCAUGGAUUUUCUAGACACCCAAUUGAUGAUGACUGCCGUUCUGGCAUUGAGAUUAAGCUAGGUCAGCCAUCUAUUAUCAAUCACAUACGGAUACUCCUGUGGGACCGAGAUAGCCGGUCUUACUCAUACUUCAUUGAAGUGUCAAUGGAUGAACUUGAUUGGAUCAGAGUGAUUGAUCAUUCGCAGUAUCUGUGUCGUUCUUGGCAGAAAUUAUAUUUUCCAGCCCGUGUCUGCAGGUAUAUUCGAAUAGUUGGGACUCACAACACAGUGAACAAGAUUUUUCACAUUGUGGCUUUUGAAUGUAUGUUUACAAACAAAACCUUCACUCUUGAGAAGGGGCUGAUAGUUCCCAUGGAGAAUGUUGCAACAAUUGCUGAUUGUGCCAGUGUGAUUGAAGGAGUCAGCCGGAGCCGAAAUGCCUUGCUGAAUGGGGACACCAAGAAUUAUGAUUGGGACUCUGGCUAUACGUGUCAUCAGCUAGGAAGUGGUGCAAUUGUGGUUCAGCUGGCACAGCCGUACAUGAUCGGGUCGAUACGGUUAUUACUUUGGGACUGUGAUGAUAGAAGCUAUAGCUACUACGUUGAGGUUUCCACCAACCAGCAACAAUGGACCAUGGUGGCCGACAGAACUAAAGUCUCUUGCAAGUCCUGGCAAUCUGUAACUUUUGAAAGACAGCCUGCCUCCUUCAUCCGAAUCGUGGGAACACACAACACAGCAAAUGAGGUGUUCCACUGUGUCCACUUUGAGUGUCCAGAGCAGCAGAGCAGCCAGAAGGAGGACAACAGUGAGGAGUCGGGGACGGGGGACCCCAGCCUGGUGGGGCCGCCGCUCGACCCCCAUGCCCUGCAGGCCCCCGGUGGCAGCUCACUGCCUUCCAGCCCAGGCUCCGUCUCCCGUUCUCCCAACCGGCAGCACCAAUAACCGGGGCACAGAUGUGGAGUGAUGUGGGUGGGCCCCAGGGGCAGCGGCAAGAACCGGUGUCCUCCCAGGAGGGAUCUCUGUGGACUGCCCCUCUCCCCCUCCGGGGAGGAGCAGACCUGGCUGCAAAAAUGGACACAGAACAGGCUUUCUCCCAAGGACAGAAAGGGGCUGCUUUGUUCUCCUCAAUUUGUUCAAAUCAGGCUGGUCUCAAGGGGGAGAAAAUGGGUCUUCAAUCUUCAUCAAGCCCACCAUUAACACCCUACCUCUCUAAUCUAACCCGGGCAAAGGGGACAGGAGGAAGCGGUAGACAGGCCCGUGUCAGAAUACAGCAAUGGCCCGCCAGCACUCAAGUGGAGGAGAAUAUGUUAGGCCUUUAUUACCUGGAGGCUCCCUGUAGGAAAUGGGUUUCCGUAGAGUGUUUACUUUCAUGGAACACAUCGCCCUGGCAACUGAUUUUUUAUUUCUUAGUUAGCAUCCAUUUGCUGAAUCAUAGGUGUUCCAGUUCUUCUUGAAAUGCUCAAACAGCAAAUCACUUGUUUUAAUCCCUUUUGAUGCUGUAAUUUUCUUUCCUUGGUUUUGAACGGUUAAGCCUGGGGUGAAGCAGAGAUACUGUGCACACGGCCUGUGCGAGGCUGAGACUCGGCUCAUCACGGCACCCGGUCUGACCAGGAAAAUCCUUUGAGGAAGUUCAAGAAAACACAGCAAAUCAGUGCGAGGACACUGGAGUUAAUGGUCACUCGAGUUCCUGAGUGACUCACCUGUCAUUCCUGAAAUGUACCUCGCCUCUAAGCUUGGGAGGCUAACAAGGAACUAGUUCUUAUGCCACCCGCUAAUUUAAUGUUCACACAUAUGUAAAUGUAUAUAUAUAAGUCUGUAGCGGCUUCCAGUUGGGUGGAACCCUCCCUCCAGUCACCACAGGUUAGCUGAGCCUGGGGGAGGGCAGCCCUCCUGUCCGUCGGUGUCUGGAACACAAAACUGGGCCUUUGCAGUUCGGGGGUUGCUGUGUUUCACCCCCAGACCACACGAUUCAACUGGGGAUUGGAAGGAAAAGCCAUUCUAAGAAGCUUUUCUCCUCAUCCUCCUCGAGACCAUCUUCCCUGACUGCCGUCGCUUCAUCUGGCUCUGUCAUGUCUCUCAGUAAUUUCCAGUCUAGCACUAACUACCCCGUGGAACUUGAUCAGACUGCCUUCUGAUUUUCACUCAUCUCCGGAGCUCACCCGAGGGCUCUGUCACACUCACCUCCACGGGAAGCUCGGUCAGGCUGGGCACCGUGGUCCUCUGGUCCCCCAGAUGCACACCCAGGUCCUCUGCACACCCUGUGACCCCACUUGGAGGAAGAUGGGCUUUCAUGGGGGCUCUUCUCUGGUGUCUGAAAGAUAUCUGUUGUGGGCGUACACAGAACCACUGGCCCGACUAACUAAAUGCUUUCCCCAGUA